AUGUCUUCCACUUCUACUCUACGAUUACGACCAGCUCCUCAAGCCGAAAUGUCUCGAAAAACCACAUGGACAAAGUGUGUAGCCAAAUGCCAUCUUGAAAGGGAACGACCUGAUUUCGCCUCAAGUCAACUACAAACGAUCGCGGUCUAUUAUAACCAUGAGCAAAACCUUAAACUUUUGCGAAGGAUUAACCCAUUCAGCUCAAGAGGAAGGAAACUCAGCAAAUCUCAAACCUUGACUCCCCGACAAAUAAUCCAUAAACCUUACUUCAAUCAAGAGUUGUAUCAAGAAUAUCGUCAAAGGAAGAGAUCCAAGAAGUGGUCAAGAGAGAUCCGCACGAGAGAGAGACAUGCAAAGAUUAUCGAAAACGAUUCCAAGAGUGUUUUCGAAAUCCUUUCUGAACUAAGAAUAUCACAAAUAAAUCGACGUAAGGAAUUCGAAGAAGGAGCGUCACUCUAUUUAUCACAAGUCAUUCCAAAGCAAGAGUCAGAUGAAACAAACGUCAAAUCAGAGGACCAACCGAUCAUACAUCACACUCCAACACACCUGGAAGUUAAACAGCAACAAGAAGAACAGUACCAGCUGCAAUUGUUGCAACAACAACAAGAAGAGGUGCUAGCUGAGCAAACACGACAGCAAGAAGCUCAGCAAGAAGAAGAGCGACAACUGAAACUUAUUCAACAACAACAAGAAGAAGAACAGCAACUGAAACUUAUCCAACAACGACAACAAGAAGAACAGCAACUGAAACUUAUCCAACAACGACAACAAGAAGAGCACCAACUAGAAAAUAAUACCAACAACGACAACAAGAAGAACAGCAACUCAAACUAUAUCCAACAACAACAAGAAGAAGAGUUUCAAAGAAAACUCCAUCAGCAGCAACUCCAAGCCGAACAAUCCCUCGCCCAACCACCACCACCACCACCACCACCAGUUCAACCCCCACACCCGUCCCGUCCCGGAAGAUCUCGCUCAAAUGCCCAAUCCCUUGGCUCCGCACCUAAUCCCAUCCCACUUAGCUGGAUAAUCACAUCAUCAUCCAAGACCACACCCAAAGAAACAGUUUGUCCAGAAAUAGAAAUGGUCGAUGUGUUCUUACCUAUCCCAUUGGUUGAACUUGUGGUUGAAGAUGAUCGGAUGGAUGUGGAGACUGAAAGUCUACUUGAGGAUGAUAAGAUGGUGAUUGAUGAGGUUGAAUUGGUUAGCAAUGCACUGGAGUCUGCUUCGGAGUCUGGUUCUGAUACGGAUACGGAUACGGAUUGUGUGAUGAUGGAUGUGGGAUCUGAUUCGGAUGAAGAAAUGAUGGAAUGA